CUUAAAUUUAAAAUCGUUUUGAUGAAAUUUGUUUACCGAUAAAAUGGAUCCCAUACCAAGUUAUAAUUUAUUACAAGCUAUAGAUCCGACAAAAAUUAAACUGCCCAUUAGUGAUCGCUUUGCUAAAUUAACAUUGUCUUCCAAUAAAAAGAAACAACAGCAGCUAGCUGAAACUGAACAGCAGAGGCAACAGGAAAAACGCGAUAGUGUCAGCAGAGAUAUAUCAAAACAAUUUGAAGAGGAACAACAAUCAGGACAAAAUCCUUUAUUACGUAGUGAAUCUUCUAAGGAAACUGGUGGCCAUGAUUCAGUUAGUGCAGAUGAGGAGGAGUUAACCAUGGAUGCUUUGCAAGUGUCUCUAGAUUAUGAUAAUCCCACACAACUGCAGGAAGAUGUAGAAUUGUUAUCACAACAAAUUGCUUCAAUGGCUGUGCAAUCUAGACCGAUUUCUUUGUCAUCCGGUUCCACGUGCAAUUUAAGUGAACACUCUCAGUUGGUGUCCACUGAAAGUCAACGUUCUAGCAUUAGUUUGGAAAAUAAUAUACACAUUGUACACAAUAUUCCCAUAAAUGUUAAAGAAGCUGUUGAUCAAGAAACCGUAGCAAUUAAUUUAAACUCCUCAAAUAAUAAUGAAUUGGAAAAAGGCUAUGAAAUGACUGAUGAUGAGGAGGAGGAAGAGGAAGAUGAAGCAAUUACCAUAUCAGAUACUUCUGAAAGCCACCAUGAGCAGGAACCAGAUGUAAUGGCCACUUCCAGCUUACCCUCAACUACUUUAACAUCUGAAAAUCUUAGACUUCCCAGCCUUACUGAUAAUAAAGCUGAACGUGUGGCGGCCUUUCUAAGAGAUGUUUCUGUAGAGAGACGUGUUAUGCUGGAACAGGGUCACAUAGACUUUAACGAUACUAUAGAUCAGAUGAUAAGCAAUAAACAAAUUGACAAAAUACAAGAAACACUAGCAAAAUCUCAUCAAAUUGCAUCUGCGGACACAGAAUCAAUGACGCCUGAUGUAGAUGAAGAAGUUACACCUAAAUCUCAGCUAGAAAGAGAAAAACGUCUUAAAGCUUUAGAAAAAUCAUUGGAAAAUGAGCAAUAUAUUGACAAUAAUUCUGAAAUUUUAACCGAAUCUGAAGAACAAAUAUCUCCCAAUAGCAAUGACAAAAUAAAAAAUGUGCACAGACUGGCAAAUGACGAAACUCAAGACAAUACCGUAAUGUCGGUCCCUGAUGUGGAAAAAACUCCCAAAGUUCUUUCUAACCUUCACAGGAGUCCUAAAAUUAACCACGAUAAUGAAAAUAAUGUGUACAGAAUUGCCAAUGAUGAAACGCAAUGUAAUACUGAAUUUUCUCUGACCGAGGAUGUAAAUGAAAGAACCCCCAAAAUUAAUUCUAACCUUAAAAAUAAAACUCCUCUAAAUAAAGAAAAUUCUCGUAGAUUGGCCAAUUUGGAAACAGAAGAAAAUACACAGCUGCCUACUACAGAAAAUAAAGAUACAGAUCCUCAUAGGCUAGUUAAUGAUGAUACUAUGGCAAAUUCUUUAAUCAGUAAUUUUAACGAUAUGCAACAAUCCAUAGUCUAUAAUAACACUCGAGAUUAUAAAACACCUGAAAAAAGAGGAGAUUACAAAAAUAUUUCCUCUAUAUCUUUACACUCGACGCCACAAAGUUUGAACGAUUCUGGCCAUAAACAAGAUUCACUUAUUAUAAACUCUUCAUCCGAAAGUAAUGAUGCUAAUGCUAGUGCGCCAGAACAUUCCAUAACCAUUUCAGAAACUGAUGAUGAAAGUUUUAAAGAAAAAUCUCCUGCUAAAGGUGAUAAUUCCGAUAACAAGAAGCUUUCCAAUAGUUUUCACCGGGAAGAGUCCAGCGAUGAUGAUUCUGAGUAUGAUGAACAAAUUUCUCAAAUACAAAUGUCUAUGGCAAAGAUUAAUAUAUCGGCUAAAAUCAAUAUUAAAAUACAUAUACCCAACACCACUUCCACAGAAACUAGUGAAGAUGAUGAACAAAGUUAUGAGAAGAAAAGAAAAAGUCAACAACAAAAUGUAGAAUGGAAAGAUCAUGAUGAUGAUCACAGUAGUGAAUCUAAUGAUCAAAGUAGGGAUUCCAGUAUCGCUGAGAAGACAUGUAAACAAAUGCAAUUAAAACCUCUAGCUGCUGAACAACAAGCGUUCGAUGAUGAUCAGAGUAGUGAUUCUAAUAAUCAAAGUAGAGAUUCCUGUAUCGCUGAGAAGCCAUGUAAACAAAUGCAAUUAAAAGCUCAAGCUCCUCCUCUUGUGGAUGGAAUAGAAAAUUCUCCAAACAAAUCCUCUGAUUCUGUGGAAAUUGUCGAAGAUGAAAACUUUCUAAAGCAAGCUCAUAAAAUUCUUACUCAAGUAUAUGGCGAGUCGUGGCAGACACCCGAUGUUAUGCGCUGUAACCCAAGCAGCGAUAAAAAUUGUAGUAAUUCCAAAACGUCUUCGCUAAGGAAGAAUGAGAUUAGGAAAUCCAAGGAAAAGAAGUCUAACCAUAAAGUAAUGGUGGAAGAAAGUAUUUUGGAUGAUUUUUCAUUAUUUCGCCGAAAUAUUGUCAAAACAAAUUUGGAUUCCACACGGCUUGCCACACCGAAAACAGCCAAACAAAACAAAGAAGUCUCUACAGAACCGAGGAAUUUUAAAAAACCCUUUAAAAAAAAUGAAAAGGCGGAUACAAAAUUCAUGCCACAAACCGAAAGAAAAGCAAUUCGUACACCCGUGGCUAAAGUUGUCGUCAAUAAGGGUCGUGUCACUGACGGUAGAUGGCGUCAGUUAAUUGAUAAUGAUUCGAAUUCUGAAAGUAAUAAUGCUUCGGACGACGAUGAUGCCGAUGAAUCAUGGAGUAAAAAUGCUUCAGAAAUAGAGCUGGACAAUUCGGAUUCAGAUUUUGAAAAUUCGCCAAAACCCAAAGCUAGAAAUAGAAAGACUAAUACCACCAAACGGCAAGGACGCAGCGAUAAAUCUGAUAUAUUAACGAAAAAACUAAAUAAAUCCAAAGAGGGUGAAAUAGUUUAUUUGGAUUUGUCUAAGGAAGAAGUUGAAGUACAGGAUGAUGUGCCCGAAAGUCCACCAGCAAAUCAUGAUGUUACCUUUGCCUCACGUUUACAGGAUAUUUUAAAGACUUGCCGACAUGAAGACAAGGCCAAAUUGCCCUCGUCUAACAAGAAAACCAAAAGAAAACUAUUUACGCCCAAUUUUGGAGAUGAUGAUGAAAUUGAUUUGCCUGUAGAAGAUGCUGCAACAAAGUAUAAAGAAAAUACCCCUAAAACAAUUAAUAGAAAUAUAGAGGAGGGUGAGAUCUUAGAUGAUAAGGGCUUUUGUCCGUUUGAUAGUCGAGGUCGGCCAAAGGCUUUAGAUUUGGUUAACAAACAAUUGGAAUCGGUUAAAACGGGUAAACCCAUUUUUCAAUUGACCCCCUCGCCUAAAAAGAAAGGAUCAACUAAGAAAACUGAUAAGAACGCCAACACGCAAGGUGGCGUUACACCCAAAACAAAAACAGAUAAUGAGGCUAAAUUUAAAACUCCAUUAACAGUGAAAUCUAAAGGGCCGAAGUCCUUACAUGAUCUCUGUCAAACCCCGGAUUAUAAAUACAACUUUUUAAAAUCUUUAGAUGUCACCGUUAGUAAAACCUUAUGCCAUCCCGAUGCCUUGUACUAUCGUGAUAAUUAUCGCACCAAGAAAGAAGAUCUAUCCAAAAUACUUUAUGACAUGUACAAUGAAAAAUUAUUUAAGAACCAACUAAAUGUGCCUAUAACAUGGAAUAAGAAACUUUCGAAUACUGCAGGCAGAUGUUUGAAUAAAAAGAAGUUGGGCUUAAGAUCCAGUGUUAUAGAACUAAGCGACAAAGUGUUGACAAGUGGCGAUCGUUUGCGUUGUACUCUGAUACAUGAGUUGUGUCAUGCGGCCACCUGGAUAUUUAAUGGUGAAGGUGGUCAUGGCAGUACCUGGAAAGAGUGGGCUCGCCGAGCAAAUGCUACUUUUCCAGAAAUACCCAAAAUUGGUGUUUGCCAUCAAUAUGAUAUAGAGUAUAAAUACACGUACAAAUGUACUUUAUGUGCCGCCAAAUCCCAUGCCCAUUCCAAAUCAAAAAAAGUGGAAAACAUACGUUGCUCCUAUUGUCAUGGUGCUAUUGAGGUUUUCCUCAAUAAAAAGGAUAAGGCUGGCAAUAUUAUUCCCACACCCGUUAAAGAAGCCACUGGCUUUGCCAAAUUUGUCAAGGACAAUUACAAGAAAUUCAAACGUGAUGAUCGUAAACAUGCUGAUGUUAUGAAAUUGUUGAGCAGUGAAUUUGCUUCCCUUAAAGUUGCCAACAAUUAAUAAUGAAUGGACUUUUAUUUUAUAGAUUUAAUGUAUUUUAGUUUUAGUUUUAAUUUUUUUUCUGUUAAUGUGAGUAAUGAGACUUUCUUUUGACGUAUUUUUAAAGCUAGAAGCUGGAUACUUUUAUUUUCAAAUCUGUAGUAUUUAAUGUUCUAUUUUUUAUUUAAUUCAUUUUUUUUUAUUAAUUCUUUAUUUACAUAACUGAGCCCUUAAGGGCCUUAUAUGGUUAAUAAAAGCUACUACCUAUAUAUAAAAACUACAA